AUGUCCAUUGGUAAAGCCCGGCAGCCGUACCAGUGUUGCCUUCAGCUAUACGCGGCCGUUAACCGGAAUCCCCUUCCUGUGCGGCGUCUAGAGCAGUCUCCUCCUGCCCUGUGGAAGCAGGCGCCUUGCCCUUUGCUUUCCUCCGGCCCUGACUGGCCCCCUGCGCCCCCGCCGCGCCACCCCCUCUUCGGCUGCCGCGUGCGGACCAUUCCGUCGCCGGUCGCGCCCACAACUUCGGCGAACCCCUUCCCUCUUCCCUCCGUCUCGCACGGUAGACGUGGAUCAAGCCAAUUACCGACUCGCAUCCGCCCUAGCUCAAAGCCAACCGAAGGAGUUGUCGAAGCUGCUUUGGACAGUGACCAUAUAGAGGACGACCCAUCUAGUAUUGAGCCUUAA